GUAUGUAUGGUUAGCAGGUGGAGAGCCAAAUUGAAAAUGGCCGACUGGGAAGAUGAGUACGACGUGGAUGGCGUUGCUAUUCAAAAACCUGCCACAACAUCAGCUCCAACUGAGUGGAAACCGUACCGCGAUGACAGUCAGAAACAAAGUGUAUCUUUCGGUGUGAGAAAUGGAACCCGGUCUGCAGCCUCCAGAGAUUGGCAAGCGGACCGUGGCGACCAGGAAUCUGAAUAUAGAAGUCGUCGAGGCGGGGGCGAAGGUCGAUCGUUUCCCUGGAGCUCCGGAGGCCCAGGACGGGGAACCUAUGGCGAUGAAAAGUCGGACUCUUCACAGCCUGUGACUUUCGCCGUGGAAAAUAGUUUAGUUGGCAGGAUAAUAGGUAAAGGAGGAGCCAACAUCCGUGAACUUGAAGAGAGCACUGGUGCAAGGAUUAAGGUAAACAAAGGGGACUAUCAAGGUGAGGUGGUCCUCUUGGGGUCCUCUGAAGCCCAGCAGAAGGCCAAGGAGAUGAUUGAAGAACUGGUGUCAGAUAGCAACUCUCAAAAUGCCUCCGGAGGCCCAGGACGGGGAACCUUUGGCGAUGAAAAGUCGGACUCUUCACAGCCUGUGACUUUCACCGUGGAAAAUGGUUUAGUUGGCAGGAUAAUAGGUAAAGGAGGAGCCAAAAUCCGUGAACUUGAAGAAAGCACUGGUGCAAGGAUUAAGGUAAACAAAGGGGACUAUCAAGGUGAGGUGGUCCUCUUGGGGUCCUCUGAAGCCCAGCAGAAGGCCAAGGAGAUGAUUGAAGAACUGGUGUCAGAUAGCAACUCUCAAAAUGCCUCCGGAGGCCCAGGACGGGGAACCUUUGGCGAUGAAAAGUCGGACUCUUCACAGCCUGUGACUUUCACCGUGGAAAAUGGUUUAGUUGGCAGGAUAAUAGGUAAAGGAGGGGCCAAAAUCCGUGAACUUGAAGAGAGCACUGGUGCAAGGAUUAAGGUAAACAAAGGGGACUAUCAAGGUGAGGUGGUCCUCUUGGGGUCCUCUGAAGCCCAGCAGAAGGCCAAGGAGAUGAUUGAAGAACUGGUGUCAGAUAGCAACUCUCAAAAUGCCUCCGGAGGCCCAGGACGGGGAACCUUUGGCGAUGAAAAGUCGGACUCUUCACAGCCUGUGACUUUCACCGUGGAAAAUGGUUUGGUUGGCAGGAUAAUAGGUAAAGGAGGAGCCAAAAUCCGUGAACUUGAAGAAAGCACUGGUGCAAGGAUUAAGGUAAACAAAGGGGACUAUCAAGGUGAGGUGGUCCUCUUGGGGUCCUCUGAAGCCCAGCAGAAGGCCAAGGAGAUGAUUGAAGAACUGGUGUCAGAUAGCAACUCUCAAAAUGCCUCCGGAGGCCCAGGACGGGGAACCUUUGGCGAUGAAAAGUCGGACUCUUCACAGCCUGUGACUUUCACCGUGGAAAAUGGUUUGGUUGGCAGGAUAAUAGGUAAAGGAGGAUCCAAAAUCCGUGAACUUGAAGAAAGCACUGGUGCAAGGAUUAAGAUAAACAAAGGGGACUAUGAAGGUGAGGUGGUCCUCUUGGGGUCCUCUGAAGCCCAGCAGAAGGCCAAGGAGAUGAUUGAAGAACUGGUGUCAGAUAGCAACUCUCAAAAUGGUCCUGGUAGAGGGGGGCACUUUGGAGGAGGCUACAGGGGGGGUGGCAAUGGAGGAGGCUACAGGGGGAAAGAAGAUGGAGGAGAGACGAAUAGCUCUUGCUGGUCUGCUGCAGAAUUAAAGAGUUCGACUGUUGCCCUGCCCCUCUUCGUAAUGGAUUGGAAAAACCUCCGGGACAACAAGGAAAAGUUUCUAGAGCUCAAGUGGAAAGACGUCCCACCACUGAAGAAGAACUUUUACACGGUGGCAGAGAGUGUUUCCAUACUCUCAGCGGAGGAAGUCAUUGAAUGGAGGAAAGAGAAUAACAAUAUCUUUGUGGAUGACCUUCUGGAGGGUGGGGAGAAGCGUCCCUUCCCAAAUCCCUGUCGCACCUUCCUGGAGGCCUUCAAGCCUUUCCCAGAGAUCAUGGAAAAUAUUGAUCGAGUUGGCUUUGAAAAACCAACACCUAUCCAGUCUCAGGCGUGGCCAGUGUCUCUGAGCGGAGACGACGUGAUCGCCAUAGCUCAGACAGGAACGGGCAAAACUCUGGCCUACCUGCUGCCAGGCUUCAUCCACAUGGACGGACAAGUUGUGCCCAGAGCCAAGCGGGGGGGUCCGGGCAUGUUGGUGCUGACUCCCACCAGAGAGCUGGCCCUGCAGAUUGAACAGGAGUGCAGCAAGUACAGCUUUAAAGGCUACAAAAGUGUCUGUAUCUAUGGCGGAGGGGACAGGCGAGCUCAGAUCAACGCGGUGAGGAGCGGCGUGGACAUCGUGAUCGCGACACCAGGCCGACUGAACGACCUCCAGAUGAACGAGCUCAUCAAUCUGCGCUCCAUCACCUACUUGGUGCUGGACGAGGCCGACCGGAUGCUGGAUAUGGGCUUUGAACCCCAGAUUAUGAAGAUUCUGAUCGACAUCCGCCCCGACCGACAGACUGUCAUGACCAGUGCCACCUGGCCCACAGGUGUGAGACGAUUGGCAAAGUCCUAUCUAAAGAACCCCAUGAUGGUUUAUGUGGGAACCCUGGACUUGGCGGCGGUUAACACAGUGGACCAAACGGUGCUGAUCGUCCAUGAAGACGACAAAAAGUCCUACUUGUUCAACUUCAUCAGUAACAUGCUGCCCGAGGAAAAAGUCCUCAUCUUUGUUGGGAAGAAGCUUGUAUGUGAUGACCUGGCCAGUGACAUGUGUCUGCAGGGCAUGGCUGUGCAGAGUCUCCAUGGUGACCGUGAUCAGUGUGACCGUGAAGAGGCCCUCAGAGAUUUCAAAAACGGCCGAGUUCGCAUCCUGGUCGCGACGGACUUGGCAUCUCGGGGGUUGGACGUCCAUGACAUAACCCAUGUUUACAACUAUGACUUCCCUCGCAACAUCGAGGAGUAUGUCCAUCGAGUGGGCCGCACUGGACGAGCAGGGCGCUCGGGUGCUUCCAUCACCCUGGUAACGAGAGAGAACUGGAGGAUGGCCGCUGAGCUGAUUCUCAUCCUGGAGCGAGCUGAACAGGAAGUCCCUGAGGAGCUGGUGAUUAUGGCAGAGAGAUUCGCGAAGAACAAGAGGGACAAAGAGAUGGACAAUCCGAGAGGAGGAAGAGGAGGAUGGGGAGGUGGUGGAGGAGGAGGUGGUGGUGGAGGAUGGGGAAGGAGAGAAGGUGGAGGGAGAAGAGGCAGAGAUCAAGACAAUGAAUGGGCGUUCUAGUCUAUGUCCACACAUAUCACAAGGUUCCCUACAUAAGGACUCAAGUGUUUUAUAAAGACAAAAAAUCGUUGUUGUCCACACUUUGUUAUAAAAGAAUACUAUCUGUCAGAUAAAAAAGGAUGAGUGAAUUAUAAUUUAGGAAUAACGUUGUUUGUUUUACGUUUUUCUCAUCAGGUUAUAACAGGAUCUGUUGUACAUUUAUUUUUUAUUGUAUAUAUUUUCUUUUAUACAUUUUCUUUGAUUGAAAAGUUGUGUUUGCAUGGGUUUUGAUGGAUUGUCAUCCUUUAUCAGUGAGGCACCUUGUGUUGUGCUUCUGUUUAAAAAGAUGUUUGAAAUGUACAAUUCUGACAGUUUUCUCCUGUCUGUAACUCACCAACCAUUGCAGUGUUAACAAUCACUCUGAAUCUUUUGUUCGUGUCAUUUCUUUAUCUGGCCAGAAUUCAAUCUGUAAAAUAAAUUCUCCUUUUUAAAGAGAUCUGACA